AUGGGGCUGACUGGUAGGCCACUUAGUCUGAUCGUGUCCGUCGUUGCGACCACAGGGUUCUUACUCUUUGGGUAUGACCAGGGAGUCAUGUCUGGAAUCAUUGCAGCGGAUCCUUUCAUGAAAUACUUUCCAGAAACGUACAACGAUGCCACUUGGCAAGGAUUCGUGACGGCGAUUUACGAAAUCGGUUGCCUCUUUGGAGCAAUCGGCAUCUUAAUCUUCGGUGACGCUCUCGGUCGGCGUAGGGCCAUGAUGACAGGCGCUGCGAUCAUGAUUCUAGGUGUCAUAAUUCAGUGCUCCGCGAUUAAAGGCUACAAAGCCACUGCGCAGUUCAUUAUCGGUCGUACAGUAACCGGAAUUGGAAAUGGAAUUAAUACAAGCACCAUUCCGACGUACCAAGCUGAAUGCUCGAAGACUGCCAACCGCGGGCUUCUUAUUUGCAUCGAGGGCGGCAUCAUCGCUUUUGGUACGUUGAUUGCUUACUGGCUAGACUAUGGCUGCACAUAUGGACCUCCUGACCUCACCUGGCGAUUCCCAAUUGCUUUCCAGGUAGUAUUCGGAUUCAUCGUAUUGGUUGCUCCAAUCUGGCUCCCCGAAUCGCCCCGAUGGUUGCUCACUAAGGAUCGAACAGACGAGGCAGCAAAAGUCAUUGCUGCUCUCCGUGGUCUCCGCACUGACGACGAGGAGACUAAGCUCCAGGUCAGUAUUAUCAUGGACAGUAUCCGGGCAUCUGGCCACAAAGGCGGGAAUACUCCUUUCAGUGCCCUGUUCACGGGCGGCAAGACGCAGCAUUUCCGCCGAAUGCUUCUUGGCGUCUCAUCACAAUUCUUUCAGCAGAUUGGUGGAUGCAAUGCGGUUAUUUACUUCUUUCCUCUGCUUUUUGAGAAUUCAAUCCACCAAACAAAGAACAUGUCUCUCCUCCUUGGGGGCGUUAACAUGAUUGUUUACUCCAUCUUCGCAACAACAUCCUGGUUCAUUAUCGAGCGUGUUGGUCGCCGCAAGCUCUUCCUCGUUGGCACAGUUGGCCAAUGUUUGUCCAUGGUUCUGGUCUUUGCGUGCCUGAUUCCUGGUACCGAAACAGCAGCCAAGGGUGCCGCUGUGGGCUUGUUCACGUACAUUGCCUUCUUUGGCGCGACCUGGCUUCCUCUACCUUGGCUGUAUCCGGCUGAAGUCAACCCUAUCAAGACCCGAGCCAAGGCGAACGCCAUGUCGACAUGCUCAAACUGGCUCUUCAACUUCAUGAUUGUCAUGAUCACUCCGGUCAUGCUGGACAACAUUGGCUGGGCGACCUACUUGGUCUUCGCCGUUAUCAAUGCCUGCUUUUUUCCCAUUAUCUUUUUCUUCUAUCCCGAGACGAAAAGGAGGUCGUUGGAGGAGAUUGACUUGAUCUUUGCCAAAGGAUACCUGGAGAAAAUGGGAUACGUCCGCGCAAGUAAGGAACUUCCUUUCUUGGACGACCGAGGCAUUGAAGAGAAGUUAAGGGAGUAUGGGCUUGUCGACGGUGAGGAGGAUAAAGGGGCUCAUAUCGGUGAGAAGGAGGUUGACAAUGGGAACGCCAUAGUGGCGUGA